AUGGGGCAGAGGUGGGUCACAGUGCAGCCUCCAGCUUUGAGUAUGGGGUGGCUCCCACUUUUGCUGCUUCUGACACAGUGUUCGAGGGCUCUUGGUCAGCGCUCACCACUGAACGACUUCCAGUUGCUCCAGAGCACAGAGUUAAAGAACCUCCUACAUACAGUGGUGCCAGGGCCAUGGCAGGAGGAUGUGGCAGAUGCUGAGGAAUGCGCAAGGCGCUGUGGGCCCCUUCUGGACUGCCGAGCCUUCCACUACAACGUGAGUAGCCGUGGUUGCCAGUUGCUGCCAUGGACUCAACACUCGCCCCACACACAGCUACACCAUUCAAGUCUGUGUGAUCUUUUCCAGAAAAAAGACUAUGUACGAACCUGCAUUGUGGACAAUGGGGUCAGCUACCGGGGCACUGUGGCCAGAACGGCUGAUGGCCUGCCCUGUCAAGCCUGGAGCCGCAGAUUCCCCAAUGACCACAAGUAUACGCCCACACCAAAGAAUGGCUUGGAAGAGAACUUCUGUCGAAAUCCUGAUAGGGACUCCAGAGGUCCCUGGUGCUACACAACAAACCCCAGUGUGCGGUUCCAGAGCUGCGGCAUCAAGUCCUGCAGGGAGGCUGUUUGCGUUUGGUGCAAUGGCGAGGAUUACCGUGGUGAGGUAGACGUUACAGAGUCAGGACGCGAGUGUCAACGCUGGGACCUGCAGUACCCUCACUCUCACGCUUUUCAGCCUGACAAGUUCCCCGACAAAGCUCUGAAUGACAACUAUUGCCGUAAUCCGGAUGGAUCUGAGCGGCCCUGGUGCUACACCACAGACCCGAAUAUUGAACGAGAAUUCUGCGAUCUUCCCAGUUGCGGGCCCAACCUGCCACCGACCAUCAAAGGAUCCAAAUCACACCGGCGCAACAAGGGCAAGACUUUGAAUUGCUUCCACGGGAAAGGCGAAGACUAUCGAGGCACAGCCAACACCACCUCUGCGGGUGUGCCCUGCCAACGAUGGGAUGCACAGAGCCCGCACCAGCACCGAUUUGUGCCAGAGAAAUACGCUUGCAAGGACCUUCGGGAGAAUUUCUGCCGGAAUCCUGACGGCUCCGAGGCGCCUUGGUGCUUCACAACGCGACCUGGUUUGCGAGUGGCCUUUUGCUACCAGAUACCACGCUGUACAGAGGAAAUUGUGCCAGAGGGCUGCUACCACGGUUCAGGUGAACAGUAUCGAGGCUUGGUCAGUAAGACCCGCAAGGGUGUCCAGUGCCAACACUGGUCUGCGGUGACACCACACAAGCCGCAAUAUACACCCACCUCAGCACCACAGGCCGGGCUGGAGGCAAACUUCUGCCGGAACCCAGAUGGGGAUAGCCAUGGGCCCUGGUGUUACACUUUGGAUCCAGCGACCCUGUUUGACUACUGUGCCCUACAACGCUGUGAUGAUGACCAGCCGCCAUCCAUCCUGGACCCCCCAGACCAGGUACAAUUUGAAAAGUGUGGCAAGAGAGUUGACAAGAGAAACAAACUUCGUGUGAUGGGAGGCCAUCCUGGGAGCUCACCAUGGACAGUCAGCUUGCGUAACCGACAGGGCCAACAUUUCUGUGGAGGGUCCCUAGUGAAGGAGCAGUGGGUACUGACUGCCCGGCAAUGCGUCUGGUCGUGCCACGAACCUCUCACAGGAUAUGAGGUAUGGUUGGGUACAAUCAACCAGAACCCACAGCCUGGAGAGGCAAACCUGCAGAGGGUCUCAGUGGCCAAGGCAGUGUGUGGACCUGCAGGCUCCCAACUUGUUCUGCUCAAGCUGGAGAGACCUGUGAUCUUGAACCAUCACGUGGCCCGGAUUUGCCUGCCUCCCGAGCAGUACGUGGUACCUCCAGGGACCAAGUGUGAGAUUGCAGGCUGGGGUGAACCCACAGGUACAAGCAAUAACACAGUCCUGCAUGUGGCCUCCAUGAAGGUCAUCUCCAAUCAGGAAUGUAAUGUGAAGCACCGAGGACAUGUGCAAGAGAGUGAGAUGUGCACUGAGGGAUUGCUGGUCCCUACAGGGGCUUGCGAGGGUGACUACGGGGGACCACUUGCCUGCUAUGCCCAUGAUUGCUGGGUCCUAGAGGGACUUAUAGUCCCCAACAGAGUAUGUGCACGGCCCCGCUGGCCAGCUAUCUUCACACGUGUGUCUGUGUUUGUGGACUGGAUUAACAAGGUCAUGCAGCUGGAGUAGGCCUGGUUUUGAUCCCUUGGAGAUGACAAGACUUCUCAAAUAUAAAGCAAACUUUCUUUCUAUA